AUGGCAGACGUGCAGAGAAGAAGGGGUCCACCGCCUCCUCCUCCGGGAAGAUUUCCACCGCCGCCUCCCGCUGCCAGGCCAGCCCCUCGCGUUGAACCUGUCGACCGUGAGAAGACUUGCCCGUUGUUGCUUCGCGUUUUCACCAAGGUGGGAGGUCAUCAUACUGAUGAUGAUUUUUCUGUGAGGGGCAAGGAACCCAAAGAUGAGGUCCAAAUUUACACCUGGAUGGAUGCUACUUUGCGUGAACUAACUGAUCUGGUUAAAGAGGUAGCUCCCGAAGCAAGAAGAAGAGAUGCUGUUCUGUCUUUUGCUUUUGUUUAUCCCGAUAAACGUGGUCGGUUUGUGGUUAGGGAGGUGGGGAGAACAUUUUCUUACCCUAACCCGAGACGGCCUGAUAGUGGAAACAAAGCCUUGGGUGAUCUUAGUUUUCAGGUUAUGGCGAUUAACAGAGGAUUAUUAUCUGGUGCGGGCAUCAACCGGAGCAAAAGCUCUGGAUCUCGCUUUCACAUUGCCGUCCUCGUCUUCAUCUUCUCUUUCCUCGGUUUCUCCCUUUUAAUCUUCAGCCGCGUCUUUACACCGGCAAACUCAGGCGAAGAUGAAUUAUCAGUUAUUUCUACCAGACAGGACUUUACUUGGAGAGAGAAGCUCGCAUUAAAACAUCUAAAAUCGUUAUUCUCUAAAGAGGUAAUUGAUGUCAUUAAUGCCAGCACAGAUGAACUGGGGCCUUUAGAUGUCAAUUUUUUUCGAAAAAAUGGGUUGCCUGCAUCUUGGAAAAUUGUUGGGUAUGAAUCUGUAUCAAAUGCUACUGAUUCUGAGUCCACUGGAGCAUCCUCAAAAACAAAGCAAGAAUCAUCUGUAGUCAAAGAAGGCAAUAUUUCAAAUGAGGAUAAUUUUGUAUUUUUUGAGACACCAGCUAAGCUGGUCAGAAGGCAAUUGAGAGAAAAAAGACGUGAGAAGCGCGCUGCUGAUUUGGUUAAGCAAGAUGAUGAAGUGAUUGUAAAGCUUGAAAAUGCAGCUAUUGAACAUUCUAAAUCAGUUGACUCGGCAGUACUGGGGAAAUAUAGCAUCUGGAGGAAAGAAAACGAGAAUGAAAACUCUGAUUCAAAUGUCCGCCUAAUACGAGAUCAACUGAUUAUGGCAAGGGUGUAUAUAAGUCUUGCAAGGAUGAAAAAUAAGCUUGAUUUGGCCAAUGAAUUGCAAAACCGGUUCAAAGAAAGCCAGCGGUCUUUAGGAGAGGCAACUGCUGAUUCUGAUUUACAUCAGACUGCACCGGAAAAAGUUAAAUUGAUGGGGCAGGUGCUGUCUAAAGCAAAAGAGCAAUUGUACGACUGCAACCUGGUCACAGGGAAGCUAAGAGCCAUGCUCCAAUCUGCAGAUGAGCAAGUUCGGAGUCUAAAAAAGCAGAGCACAUUUCUUAGCCAACUAGCUGCAAAGACAAUACCGAAUGGGCUCCACUGUUUAGCAAUGCGCUUAACAAUAGAUUAUUACCUCCUUCCACCUGAGAAAAGAAAGUUUCCUCAGAGUGAGAAUCUGGAAAAUCCAAAUCUGUACCACUAUGCCCUCUUCUCUGAUAACGUUCUUGCUGCUUCCGUAGUGGUCAACUCAACCAUUAUGAAUGCCAAGGAACCUGAGAAACAUGUUUUCCAUCUUGUUACCGAUAAGCUGAAUUUUGGCGCUAUGAAUAUGUGGUUUCUCUUGAACCCUCCAGGUAAAGCCACAAUCCAUGUUGAGAAUGUCGAUGAGUUCAAGUGGCUCAACUCAUCCUACUGUCCAGUCUUACGACAGCUGGAGUCUGCUGCAAUGAAAGAAUAUUAUUUUAAGGCAGCCCAUCCAACCACACUUUCCGCCGGCUCAUCUAACCUCAAAUACAGAAACCCAAAGUAUCUUUCAAUGCUUAACCAUCUGAGGUUUUAUCUCCCUCAGGUUUAUCCAAAACUGGAUAAGAUUCUCUUCCUAGACGAUGACAUUGUUGUUCAGAAAGACCUGACCGGGCUCUGGUCGGUUGAUCUGCAUGGGAAAGUAAAUGGUGCGGUUGAAACUUGUGGUGAGAGCUUUCACCGGUUUGAUAAAUAUCUGAAUUUUUCAAAUCCUCACAUUGCCAAAAACUUCGACCCAAAUGCUUGUGGAUGGGCGUACGGGAUGAACAUGUUUGAUCUCAAGGAGUGGAAAAAGAGGGAUAUAACUGGCAUAUACCACAAAUGGCAAAAUAUGAAUGAAGAUAGGGUGCUCUGGAAACUCGGAACACUACCUCCAGGUUUAAUGACCUUUUAUGGGCUCACUCAUCCACUCGAUAAGUCAUGGCAUGUGCUUGGUCUGGGUUACAACCCGAGCGUAGAUCGUUCAGAAAUUGAGAAUGCAGCCGUUGUACACUACAACGGGAACAUGAAGCCCUGGCUUGAGCUGGCGAUGACAAAGUACAAGCCAUAUUGGACAAAGUACAUAAAAUAUGAUCACCCGUACAUACGUAACUGCAAACUAAGUGAAUGA